AUGGCAAUUGGUGUUGUCUCAGCUAGGUUUGAACAUUAUUGGGUGCAAAUGGGUCUUUCGUACAAAAACGAAAGGCAGAUGGCUCCAUUGAGAGGCAUAAGGUUAAUCCUUUCUCUAGCUCUAUUGUCUGGAUGGUUUAUUAAACAACUUGAUGUUCAUAAUGCCUUCUUAAAUGGAAAUCUAUUUGAGACUAUGUACAUGAAGCAACCACCUGGUUAUAUUGAUGCUCAUCAUCCAGAUCAUACAUCGAAAACGGAUGUGUCUCUAUUUUAUCACUCACAAGGAUCUGAUUGUGUAUAUCUGUGGAUUUAUGUGGAUGAUAUACUUAUGAAGGGAAAUAAUCAGGACAUAAUCACUCAGCUAAUUGCAAAACUCUCUGAUGUGUUUAAAAUUAGAGAUCUUGGUGAACCAGGCUUUUUUCUUGGAAUUGUGGAAAUUAAAUGCAGGGAUGGAAUUUUACUUUCGCAACAGAGAUACAUGCAUGACAUUCUAAAACGUGAUGGAAUGGCAGAAUGUAAGCCAUUGUCUACUCCUUUUUCUUCCUCCAAAAUCGUGAGUACCGACACAGAUUUAUAUGAUGAUGCCACACAGUACAGGAGUUUAGUAGGUGCUCUACAGUAUUUAACUAUCACUCGUCUUGACCUUUCCUUUGCCGUCAACCAGUUAUGUCAACACAUGCAUGCCCAUACUAUUACUCACUGGGAGCAUAUAAAAAGAGUCUUAAGAUAUGUUAAAGGAACUGUUAAUUUUGGUUUACGAGUCAGGCAGUCAACUUCAAGAGAAAUUCAUGCCUUUUCUGAUUCCGACUAG